GUUGGUCGUAAAUAGUAUAUUUGACUUUGAAACAAGUUGAUAUUAUACAAAACUUCUAAAUCUACACUCAUUUUUUCUACUAUAGGGUUACAGGACCAUAUCACACACACUCCCUACUUCAUUAUGGAUGGUUGAGUAAUGCCACCAGUUCUUGAAUACAAAAGGGGUAGACCGAAAUCAAAAACACAAAUCUUUACUAAAUGAUUAAAUAUUUAAACAAACAAUCUAACAAGUAACAAGAAUAUUUCAAUGAAACUACAUCAUUCAAUAAUUCAUCAUAAUUAAUUCUCAAAAUGUUUACAAUACAUGAACAAUUCUAUAUAUCCACUAUCAUUAUAUUCUUUAUUAUGAAUAAUUUCAAUGCUCAAUAUAUUCAACCAGGUCUAUGUGAAAAUCAAUGUCAUUGUCCAAAAGGUGAAAAUGUUGUACAUUGUGAUAGACAAGAUCAUUUAUAUGGUGUACCAACUAAUAUACCAAAUGGUAUAACAAAAUUAUUUAUACAACAAAGUGAUUUCCCAAUACCGAAUUCAUUAAAUCAAGCUAAUAUGACUGGUUUAGAAAAAUUAGAAUAUUUACGUAUAAUCUAUUGUAAUUUACAAGUGA